GAAGAACCUAUCCUCAAACAGGGUCAGCAAGACAGCUUGGGUUAUUUUACAUGCAGAGAAUCUUAAACGGAAUGCAUUUACUGGCUCUUCUAGCAGGCAUUUAUCUCAUGAUAUUUGUUGUUGAGCCAGUGGCUGUACCUCAACAGUAUCUUGCUCAACAUUAUUAUGGACUACCGUGGAGUGCACAAAGGAGGACUAACUUUCAGAAAGAACAAAUGAUGCAUUUACCAUUCAUCAAGAACAAUAUUUAUCAAGACUUUAGCAAAGGUCAACCACAAAUCGAUAUACAUCCAGCAAGAAAUUUUGGCUCCUCUAAUCUCACUCACAAAGUACAGAUCCAUUCAUCCUCUGUAGCUCACAGACUAGAUUCCAGCAGCCAAAAUCCAAGGAGGAAAUUAUACUCACCUACACAUAUAUCUCAAAGAAAACGUAUCAAGAAAGUAAUUCCCCUUCGGCACAGUUUGAAUUCAACUGUCACAUCAAACAUAACUCAAUCGAGCAAAGGUAACGGCAAAGUUCUUUGGAGACCCCUCAGAUUGAACUUACAAAAUAGUACAGAGACAAGAAGAAGCGAGAAGACGAAGAUUUUUAACUCAGCUGGGAGCGCAACGACUGUGCAAUUAUCGAAAAUUCUUCAUUAAAGCAGAGAAAUCGCACCAGAUGACUGCACUGUAGCUGAAAGGAAACAGAUGUAAAGAGAGUUCUUCAAGGCUUGGAGCUGCGGAUGCUCCAAAGUACAAAACAUUUGCCAUACCCACAAGUACAGUCAAACUUCUCAACUGUAAUACUUAAAUUGCAUAUGCGACGAAUUUCAGUUAUAAUACAGAAAAUGAAUGAAUGUACAUGUAUGCAAUAACUAAAAAUCGCAAUCGCAUUGAGUUACACACACACAUACACACACACACGCAAAAGAAGUCGCGAUGAAGAGAAUAAGUUUUAAAAUUUAAAUCAUUUUAAACAUUUAAAAACAUAUUUGGAAAUCAAAUAUUUCUGUAAUUCAGUAUCAAAUACAUAUCAUAUAUUAAAAAUAAGAUCUUAAAUUUACAUUUACGUGAAAAAUAAUGAAAUGCCUGUAGCCGGGAAAUUCUCUUACAGGUCUUUUAAUUUAAAAAUCGAACUUUUCCGAAGGGAUUAGUCCCUCAAAAUUUCAAUUUAUACUGCAUGAUCGUUCAAGUAAAUUCAGACACUGCCUUUAUACAUUACAAGCAUGCAUCCUUUAUAUUUUUUAAAUGUUUGUAGACACUACCAGACUUUUUAACAAGUAUGGUAAAACCUAAAGAUUCAACAGUAGCUAUUUGAAUCACAUAUCAACAAUUCAUGUAAAUCUAAGGUAGAAAGAGUUGGUAUAUUUAUUUGAAUGUAUCCAUACGAAGCUAAUACGAAUUUAUAAACAUUCUUAAAGCUUGUUACCCAUCUAGUACCUAAACCACUGCUUGUAACAUGUUAACCCCGCUAGUCAAUUUCAUGCAUCUAAGAAGGGAGUCUCUGAUACGUUAAGAAUUUUUAUUAACAGAUCUAUGUUGGCAUUAAUACUGAAUCUCACAUGGUGACUGUGAUACUUUCACUAAUUUCAAACGUUAACUGUGAUUUUUAUGUAGUGAUUAAGAUAUAUUUACAUACCUUAGUUUAGUCUUGUUGUAUGUAACAUAUUUUUAUUUAUUUUUACAUAAUAAAUUUGUUUAUAAAAUGAAAAUUUAUGUAAUUGUAUUUUUACAUAUAAUAAAAAAUGUUUC